GACAACCCACCUCAAAAUUCCCAUUGUUCCCACUCAUCAUCAUCUAACCACCAUGAAAUUCCUUCAUUCUCCUUCAUCAUCUUCCUCCACCUCCGAAUUCCCCACCACCAGCUGUAUCCCCGCCGCCCUCCGCCGCCUGCUCUGCUUCCACAGUCUUCCCGCACUCCCUUUUGAUCAUCACAUCGAAGAAUCCUUUGAAGAUAAUGAGUUCGAUGAGCUUUAUUGUGAUAAUAAGCUUAAAGGUAGUCCUGGGAUUGUGGCAAAACUUAUGGGGUUGGAUUCGAUCCCAAUAGGGAAUUCGAUAAAUCAAUGGAGCAAAUUGGGGUUGCAGAAAAGAAGCGAUUAUGUUCGUGAAGCACCGAGCUUUGUAGAGCUUGAAAACGAGAAGUUCAUCAUUCUUAGCUUUGAAGGAGGUGGUAAAGACACGGAAUUGAAGUUAAAAUCUCCGAAAACUCGAAAGUGUUUACCUGAAUUCCAGGAGAAAACAAGGAACAGGAAGAAUCAAGAAAUGUCGAUUUGUCAAAGUCCAGUGAAUGGUGGAGAAGUUUUGAAGUACUCAUGUGAAUUGUUGGAUUUCAACCAGAAUUCCAAGAAAUCAUGUGAUACAGAGUGUGCUAAAAGACGGAGAUCAAGGAAUAAUAACCUUGAGAAAGUUGAAAUUGAGUCUGACUCUGAAAAUUCAAGCCCCGUUUCUGUUCUUGAAUUCAAAGAAGAUCAAGAAGCUUCACAUUCAGUAAAAGAAGAAUUGAAGUUCAAACCUUCGAAUUCAAGGAGAAAAUUGAGAGAGGAACUUGACCAGAAUGCACCAUCUCCAUCUCCAAGAAGCAGCUGCAAUUCAACGGAUGAAGGUGUUGAAUCAAGCAGAAAAGGUAAGAUAUGCAUUGGAUUAAAGAAGAAUAAUGCUAUGAUUGGGAAAAUGUGGAAAGAAAUUUGCAAAAUAGCAGAAAGAGAUAUAAUGGAUUCAAGUAUGGUGAAGAGAGAAAGAUGGAAAGGUGAAGAUUAUGAAGAGAUUGGUGUCAGUUUUGAGUUGCAAAUUCUUGAUCAACUAAUACUUGAACUAUUCACCAUCACAUGAAAGUAGCUAAUUUGAUUUGUAAAAUACUUACUAAUUACUAUCACACUUAAUUGUUUUCUUUAUGGAUACAUAUAACUGUAUAAGUUAACUUCUAAGAGCCUUUUGUAGACA